AGGAGGAGCGGAGGAGCGCCAUCACAUUCCCGUGUGGAGAGGAGCAGCUCUCGGCCCGGACGCCUCCGGAGAUCCAGGACCAGGUCCAGCAGCUCUUCAGAGAAAAGGGGGUCCACACAGUCCACCAAGAGUCCUGCAAAAGACCUCCAGGCCCCCCAGCUGAGCCACACAGCAGACGAGGUGCAGAGAGGACCGCCCCCCCAGAACCAAGAGGACCCGACCCGACAACUAGGUUCUGGUGCACCCCAGUCCAGAUCCACUGAGCCCACAGAACCACAUUGUCCCAGGUCACAUGACGACAAGAAGAAGAUGACAUCCUCCAAGUCCCCACUAAAGGAAAAGGAACCAACGUCAUCAAAGAGGCAGAGGCAAUCCAAGUCACCGUGCCGGAGCCACAGCAGGGGAUCCAGGUCCAGAUCCAGGAGUCCUUCGAAGAAGAAGAGUUCCCGGUCCAGGACUCCUUCGAAAAAGAGGAGAUCCAGAUCCCGGAGUCCUUCGAAGAAGAAGAGUUCCCGGUCCAGGACUCCUUCGAAGAAGAGGAGAACCAGAUCCCGGAGUCCUUCGAAGAAGAAGAGUUCCCGGUCCAGGACUCCUUCGAAGAAGAGGAGAUCCAGAUCCCGGAGUCCUUCGAAGAACAAGAGGUCCAGGUCUAGGAGUCUUUCGAAAAAGAAGAGGUCCAGGUCCAGGACUUCUUCGAAGAAGAAGAGGUCCAAAUGCCGAAGUCCUUCGAAGAAGAAGAAAUCCAGGUCCAGGAGUCUUUCCAAGAAGAGGUCCAGGUCCAGGACUUCUUCGAAGAAGAAGAGGUCCAAAUGCCGAAGUCCUUCGAAGAAGAGGAGGUCCAGGAGUCCUUCUAGGAAGAAGAGGUCCCGGUCCAGGACUCCUUCAAAGAAGAAGAGGUCCCGGUCCAGGUCCAAGACUCCUUCAAAGAAGAAGAGGUCCAGAUCCCGGAGUCCUUUGAAGAAGAAGAGGUCCCGGUCUAGGUCCAAGACUCAUUCAAAGAAGAAGAGGUCCAGAUCCCGGAGUCCUUUGAAGAAGAAGAGGUCCCGGUCAAGGUCCAAGACUCCUUCGAAGAAGAAGAAGUCCAGAUCCCGGAGUCCUUGGAAGAAGAAGAGGUCCAGGUCCAAGACUCCUUCGAAGAAGAAGAGGUCCAGGUCCAGGUCUGGGGGCCGGCGCUCGCGGAGGUCUCGCUCUCGGUCGGUGUCUCACGGUCGGAGGAGGGCCACCUUCAGCCAACGGGACCGAUGGAAACGGGAACCGAGUCACUCCCCGGUACUCAUCCUCCGCAAAAACAGAUCCCCCGCCCGGAAGCUCUGCAGUUUGAGUGACAGCCCUCAACGCAUCAGUGAACUGGAUAAGAACCAGUUGCUGGAGAUCGCCAAGGCCAAUGCUGCUGCCAUGUGUGCCAAAGCCGGGUUGCCCAUCCCCCCCAGCCUGAGGACCAGCGUGCUCCCCAUGGCCAUGCUCCCCAGUAUGGCCAUGAACGCUGCUAUGGCCAGUAUGACUGCUGCCACCAUGACAGCUGCCUUGUCCAACAUGGGCAUGUCUUCACUGCUGCCACUGCCAUCCAUCACCAACAAGCCCCCGUCGGUCUCCUCCCAACCCAACACCGCUCUGGAGGAGGUCAAGAGGAAAGUAGCCAAGCAGGCCAACAGCAUCAGCAUCAAGGAGUUCACAGACAAAUGCAAGAUGAUAGUGGACAGUAAAGGAGAGCUGCCGGUGGCGAUGCCUCAUGUGUCGGACGAAGAGGACGAUGGGAAACCUUUUGGAGGAUCCGCUCUCCGGGAGCAGAAAGCCAUCAGCUUCAGCAUCAAUAACGCCACCGUGCGUCCAGGUGUGCGUAGCGACGCAGGCAUGGCCAAAGAGUUCCCCGUGUCCUCAGGAUGCCAACACCGCAAGAAGGAGGGCGAGACUCUGGCAAAGGCCACAUCGUCGUCAGGUGAAGCGAUGCCAGCGGUCGUGGAGCAGCCGGACGUAGAGCCGGAUAACGACCGCGUGUUCCCUGAGCCACUACUGCAGCCAGUCGAUAUCUCUCAGGCCGUCACGGAGAGGAUCAAAGCUCAGAGGCGCCUGGCCGAGAACCCCUAUGACGUCAACGCCAUCUGCAUGCUCAGCCGGGCGCAGGAGCAGGUGGAUGCGUGGGCCCAAUCCAGCACGGUUCCUGGCCUGUUCACCGGUUCCACCGGAGCUCAGGUCCUCAGCUCGGAGGAGCUUUCCACCGGCGGGCCGCAAGCAUGGCUGAAGAAGGACCAGUUCCUCAGAGCGGCUCCGGUGUCCGGGGGGGUCGGGGAGUUCCUGAUGAGGAAGAUGGGCUGGAAGAAGGGAGAGGGCCUCGGGAGGAACCGCGAGGGAACCGUGGAGCCCAUCGUCAUUGACUUCAAGAUUGAUCGCAAAGGCCUCGUGGCUGAAGGAGAGAAGCCACAGAAGCAGACGGGAGGACUGGUGGUGACCAAAGAUCAGAUGGGGAAGCACCCGGUGUCGGCGCUCAUCGAGCUGUGCAACAAGAGACACAUCGUGCAGCCGGACUUCGUGAUGGUCCAUCACAGCGGGCCAGACCACCGCAAGAACUUCCUCUUCAAGGUCACGGUGGACGGCGUGGACCACCAGCCCCACACGGCAAGUCCCAACAAGAAGCUGGCCAAGGCCAUGGCGGCCACCGUGGCCCUGCAGGCCCUGGGAGAGGUUCCCGCCGAUGGACCGGGACUCUACACGGGCCCCGUCUUCACCGCUGCGUCUACUGGACCCCUGAUCUCUACGUAGACCGGUCGACUGGUGGACAGGAAGUCCACCGGAUUCUCUCUGGGAAUGUAUUGAGACAGAAUGCUGGGGAGCCAGGAAGUGAGAGAACUUCUGUCUGGAGACAUGUGACCAAAUGUAGACCGCAUGACGGGUUUAGGGGAGGAAGAGUCCCUCCGCUUCAAAGUGGAUUGUAUGAUACCGUCGACCAGGACCCAGGUCUACGUUGUCUGCUGGUCUUCACGGUUCAUGUGUGGCCUCCUCUCUUCAGAGGCUUUUAUGGAACUACCGAAUAAAGAUUAUAUUUAUGUAA